CUCAUCGCGUUUUGAAAAGAAAAAAAAAUUAUUGUGGAAUUUCAAAACACAAAAAUUUUGUGAGUUUCUGUUUAAAAUUCUCGUAUUUCCAGCAUGGAUUUGAAGCAAAUCGAGGAGGAAGCCAAACAGGCUGCAAUCAAGGAAAUUAAAAAUAUGUUUCAGCGUCCGGGACAGCUGGAAAAAGUUGACCAAUAUCGACACCGUGUUUAUCGUAAGAAAGUUUCCAUCGAGGCUCAGCUCAAGACCUGUAUGCAAAACCAGACGGAUGAUGUUAAAAUCGGACGAAAGAAGCUUCAAUCAGCUUUGGAAAACAUCGGCGAAAUCGAUGAACAGAUGAGAGCGGCAAUUGACCAGCUCAAAGAUGUACCCGUGAUUUACGACGCCCUGGAGUCGGUGCGGGACGAAAAUGCCAAACAUUCCCAGUACAUGACGGCCAUGGAGAACUUAAAGCACAUAUUCACGGUGCAAUCAAGCGUGGCUAAAACAAUGCAAUGGAUAGAGGAGGAUAAACUCUUGCACGCCCAUCAGUGCCUGUCGGAUUUAGAGAACUCUCGGGACGAUUUACUGUACGAGCUCCAUAAGCUUCCUAAACAGAACGCCCAUGACAAGAUUACCCUGAAACGUUACUUCGAAAAGGUGGAAACAGUAUCGACGACCCUAGAGAAAAAGAUACGCCUGAUCCUGCAGCGUACCCUCAAUACGGUCCGCAAGGAACCGACCGUGAUCGUGACAGCGCUGCGCAUUAUCGAGCGGGAGGAAAAAGCAGAUGCUUUUGCACUGCAGCAGCAAAAGCAGACUGGAUUUAUUCCUCCCGGCCGACCGAAAGGGUGGCGCAAGAUGGCCAUGCAGGUGCUGGGCGAGGCGGUUGUCCAGCGGAUCGAGGGUUCGAAACUGGAGGAACGGGCCGACAAUAAGCUCUGGUUGGUUCGCGAUCUGGAGCUUACCCGACAGUUUGUGCUGGAGGAUUUGCGGGUGGUGAAAUCGUUGUGCGUACCGUGCUUUCCUCCUCAUUACAAUAUCCUGCGAGAGUACGUCAAUUUCUAUCACAGCGCCCUAUCGAAAUAUCUGGAAGAAAUAAUUCAAAUGGGCCUGGAGGGUAACGAAUUCGUGACGAUUCUAUCGUGGAUUAUGAACACCUACCCUGGACGGGAGCUGAUGCAGCAUCCAGAUCUACUGAUUGAUCUUACCGAUGUUGGCCCUCUGGUGAAUGAUCAGGUGCUCAAAGAGAUGGAAACGGCAUAUCUUAAAACCAUGGAACGGAACUACCAAGAAUGGAUGACCAAAACGUUGGAAACUGAAAAAACCGACUGGAUCAAUGGUGUUCCAGCAGAUUCGGCCGAUCAGUACUACCACACGUCGGUUCCGGUCAUCAUAUUCCAGAUGAUCGAUCAAAACCUGCAGGUCACCAAUACCAUACAUUCCGACUUGACCUUCAACGCGUUGAUGUUAAGCAUUCAACAGGUGAUAAAAUAUGGUCAAAACUACCGUGGGGCUAUAAUCGAGUACAAAGAGCGGCACUUCCGCGAUCGCAGUCUGGCGCCAUUUUUCACCCAACAUAUUAUCACGAUUGUCAAUAACUGCGCCCAAAUGAUCGAGUUGGCACAGCAAAUGAAACAGUUGUACUGGCCAAAGUCGAAAACGCAACACUACGAACAGUUCACCCAACUGUUAUCGACCUACAAUGCGCUGAGAGAUGAAGCGGCCAUUUUCAUGCUCGAGGAAGCCUUUUUAGAUUUGGAAGUUCAUUUUAACGAUCUGUUUACGGCUAAAUGGAUCGGCAGUACAGUUUCGGUUGAUACUAUUUGUGUAACAUUGGAGGACUAUUUUCAGGAUUACAACCAUCUUCGCUCUAAUAACUUUGAAUAUGUAAUCAACGAAGCCCAACGUCUGGUGGCAAAACGAUACAUCAAGGCGAUGUUAUCCAAACGGCUGAAUAAACCGCGCCAAGAGUGUGAGAUUUUGGCCAAGAAAAUUGUUAAGGAAACCAAGCAGAUCAAGAUGUUCUUCGAGAAGGUGGCCCCGAAUGUGUCCAAAAACGAUUCCCCUAUCGAUGUGAUCUCGAAUUUGGCCAGUUUGCUGUCCUGUGAUGCGGAAAUGUUGGUGCUGGAUUUGCACACCUUACUCUCCAGUUACCCAUCGCUGACCGAAGACCACGUGGUGCGACUGUUCUACAUGAGAAGCGACUUCAAGGCUAGCGAUGUGAAGGAAAAGGUGCACGAUGCCAUCGUGUCCAAGAAGAGCACCGUUAGCCACGACAAGCAGGACAGCAUUUUCAAGGAAAUCGUUUUCUCCGACAAGCUCUGGUAGUCGAGACGCGACUAUCCUAGCGAACAUUAAAAAAUAAAUUGUUAUGCAAUUACCUUUAUUUUAUUUAUGUACUUUAUUUACAAUAUUUAUCCCAAAUAACAAUGACAUUAAUUAAAAGAAUAAUAAAAAUGCGCAACAUUCUCGGAAAUGUCCUUAUUCAAUAUGUUAAAAACGACAAUCCUGAACUCUCUCC